AUGAAUCAGAGGCAGGGUUUUGUCAUUCAACAGGCUAAAGACAAACAGAAGCAAGCAUCUGAUCUGGAAAACUGUCUUUCAACUGUUAAGAUCGUAGACUGCUGCACAUAUGAAUUUUUCUGCUUUAAGAGUAAAUCUUGGCAUGAAUUUAUAAAGGCACAACAGACUGAGCAGAAAGAUGUCGACAGCCGGUUAGAAGUGAAAAAAGAAGCAGCAGUGUGGGAACUUUUCACAAGCGAAUGCACUUACUUUCUGGAUCAUUUGCUGGUUCUCAAGAUGAUAUUUAUGAACACUCUAAAAUACCUCCAAAGUAAUGAUUUUCUCUUGGAUGUGGAUUUGUGGAGACUUUUCGCAAACUUAGAAGAGUUAAGCAAGAUAAGUCUCAGUUUUCUGAAAACGUUUUUUGAAACUGUGAAGGAGCAUGUCAGCAAGUCAGACUCUCCUAUGGAUUUCAGCACCAUACUCAGAAAGUUUUUCCAGGGUGACCUCUGCCAGACACACCAAAUUUAUUGCCUUAAUUAUACGUCUGCUGUCUUCUACUUGGAAAACAUGAGACAGAGAGAAGAUUUUGGCAUCUACCUGAAAUGGUGCGAACAAAAUGAACAGUGCAAGAGGCUGCAUCUGCCAGAGCUGCUGGUGGCUCCUUUGCACCGACUGACGCGCUAUCCCCUCCUCCUUAGCAACAUCUGGAAGAGGAGCACGGACGAAACAGAGAAAGGCUUUGUCUGGUCACUUAAAGAGAAGGUGGAGAAGUCCAUACGGGAUCUGGAAGGUAAAGUCAAGUGGUUGGACAACUUUCAGAAGUUCAGGCAGCUGCAAGAGGUCAUAAUUUGGCCUCAGCUCUGGGAUCGUGACAAGAGAUUCUUUGUCCCAGAGUAUUUGAAGCAAAGCUUAAGAGAAAACAGCAGUGAAAACAUUUUGUCUUCAGCAAACAGACUUCUCCUUCAUGAAGGGAGGCUAACACUAGCAGAAAGCACAAGACUCCUUGACGUCUACCUCUUCCUAUUCGAUGAUUUCCUAUUAAUUACCAAAAUUAAACGUAACAAAAAGAAAUAUGGGGGCUCAGACACUGGCUUAAUCGCUGUCUGUCCUUCCCUCACUCCUGAGUUGCAAUCGUUCACAAGAGAGGGUGGGUUUUGCACAGUCCUAGACCAGCCCAUCCCACUAGACAGACUGAUACUGAAAAACAUCGACCCCAUCCACAUUACAGUCUUCAGCCUGCGAAAUGCUUUCCUAAUACAGCAUGAAAAUAGGUAUCGUCAGUGCAUAGCAGUCUUCUUGCUACAGGCUCCGACCGAGACUGCCAAGAAAACGUGGAUGUCACAGAUAGAAACGGCAAUCUCCAAUUACACCACGCAACAUGAAAGCAACAAAAGCACUGCUUUCUGCUCCCCAGCUGAAUCCCCUGAAAUUUAA